UCUUAUCAAGAAAAUGGCAAGUGAUGAAACAGAGCAUAUCAGAUACGAGGAGAGAUACGUAGAGAAUUCACGAGGGUUGAAGCUCUUCACUUGUAGAUGGAUUCCAGCAGAUCAAGAGCCAAAGGCCUUGAUCUUCAUCUGCCAUGGAUACGCCAUGGAAUGCAGCAUCACCAUGAACAGUACGGCGAGGAGGCUGGUGAAGGCGGGAUUCGCAGUGUAUGGAAUGGAUUAUGAAGGGCAUGGGAAAUCAGAUGGACUAAGGGCUUAUAUCAGCAACUUUGAUCAUCUUGUUGACGAUGUCUCUAAUCACUACACUUCCAUAUGUGAGAAGGAAGAGAACAGAGGGAAGAUGCGGUUUUUGUUGGGAGAGUCAAUGGGAGGAGCAGUUCUUCUGUUAUUACACAGACUGAAGCCUGAUUUCUGGGAUGGUGCUGUCUUGGUCGCUCCAAUGUGUAAGAUUGCAGAGGAAAUGAAACCCAAUCCAUUGAUGAUUUCGAUUUUGACGAAGCUGAGUCGGGUUGUCCCCACGUGGAGAAUCCUGCCCGUCCAAGACAUUGUCCAUGUGGCAUUUAAGCAGCCCGAAAUUAGACAGCAGGUUAGGGAAAACCCUUACUGCUACAAGGGGCGUUUUCGUCUGAAGACUGCGUAUGAGCUCUUUAGGAUCAGCAACGAUCUCGAGAAGAGACUUCAUGAGGUGUCGUUACCAUUCAUAGUUUUGCACGGAGAAGACGACAAAGUGACGGAUAAAGCCGUAAGUCGGGAACUGUACGAGGUUGCCACGAGCUCCGACAAAACCUUCAAGCUUUAUCCGGCAAUGUGGCACGGCCUGCUCUACGGCGAGCCACCGGAGAACAUCAAGAUUGUGUUUUCCGAUAUCAUCGGUUGGUUUGACGAGAGAGUCUCUCUCGGGAACGGAAGGUUCGAGACCGAACUUAAACGUGAAAACGAUGGUUUCAACAAAACAUGAGUGAAGAUGUUGUCAUGUCGAAACAUAAUGAAAACAAUAUACAAAAUCAUUGUAUUCAUAUUCGAGUCGGACCCUUG